AUGUCGUCCCCGCCGAGCUCCGCGCAGCAGCCCGCGGCGCAGCAGAGCCUUCUGGCCAAGAAACUGGUCAUGGGGGCAAGCGUGGUGCUCUGGAUCGCUUUAAGCUUCUCCGUUAUUAUCUUCAACAAAUACAUUCUCGAUAGACGACUGCUCAACUGGCCGUUCCCAAUCAGUCUGACGAUGGUGCACAUGGCGUUCUGUUCGUCGCUGGCCUUCCUGCUCGUCAACGUCUUCCGCGUCGUGCAGCCGCUGCCCGGCGGGCUCAAGCCCGACAUCUACUGCACCAGCGUGCUGCCCAUCGGCGCGCUGUACGCGCUGAGCCUGUGGUUCUCCAACUCGGCGUACAUGUACCUGUCCGUGUCCUUCAUUCAGAUGCUCAAGGCGCUCAUGCCCGUCGCCGUCUACCUGCUCGCCGUCGCCUUCCGCAAGGACGCCUUCCGCGCCGCCACCUUCGCCAACAUGCUUCUCAUCGCCAUCGGCGUCGCCGUGAGCGCGUGGAGCGAGGCCAACUUCAACGCCACGGGCGUGCUGCUGCAGCUCGCCGCCGUGGCGUUCGAGGCGACGCGCCUGGUGCUCAUCCAGAUGCUGCUGACGGCCAAGGGCAUCUCGCUCAACCCCAUCACCAGCCUCUACUACAUCUCGCCCGUCUGCCUGCUCUUCCUCUCCGUGCCCUGGUUCCUCGUCGAGUUCCCCACGCUCGUCCCCGCCAUGGCGGCCGGCGCGCACCCCAGCGCGCUCGUGUUCGGGGCCAACUGCGUAUGCGCGUUUGCGCUGAACCUGGCGGUGUUCCUGCUGAUCGGCAAGACAUCGGCGCUGACGAUGAACGUGGCGGGGAUCGUCAAGGACUGGCUGCUCAUCGCCUUCUCCUGGUCCGUCAUUGCCGACCAAAUCACCACCCUCAACCUCCUCGGCUACCUCCUCGCCUUCGCCGGCGUCUGCUGGUACAACCGCGUCAAGAUGCACGAGAUGAACGCCAAGGAAGCAGCAGCUAAGCAGGCGCAACAAACGGACGAGGAGACGGGCCUUCUUGAGCCGCCCAGAGAGGCUCAAAAGUAG